UCAACACACUCUCACCUCCACACGAGCAGGACGUUCUGUGUUCGGUAGAUCAUUGUUGUGGCAUCCCCUCGCUGUUUUCCAUUUGUGCGUCGAAGCGGCUCGUUGCACAGCUGCCAGCCAAUCAUAAGAGGCCUGAACGCUCUCUGCAGGCGCGUGUUCGUGCGGACUCGUGCAGCGCGGGUUCGUCAGUUGAGGUGUAUUUUACCUCUCUUUCAUUCCCAUCGGACUUCAUCAAGUCACUUAUUUUAUCAUCACCUUCGAUUAACAAUGUCGCAUGCUGGUGAGCAAAAGAGCAGUUCUCUGACUCUGGUUCUAAUGGUUGCUUCCGCAGCCAUUGGAGGAACUCUUCAGUAUGGCUACAACCUCGCUAUAAUGAAUUCUCCCACAACUUUUAUUCAAAAGUUCAUCAACGAGACAUUCCUAGAACGCUGGGACAUCCAGCUGGAGGAUUACCAAGUGACAUUGGUCUGGACAAUCGUUGUCUCCAUCUUCUCUUUGGGGGGUUUUGCUGGAGCUCUUAUUGCAGGACCAAUGACCAUCCGCUUUGGGAGGAAGAAAUGUCUGCUGUUGAACAACAUUUUUCUAAUGAGUGGUGCACUCUUGGCACUGACAAGUAGAGCUGCCAAGUCAUUCGAGAUGAUCAUUAUCUCACGUGUCCUGGUUGGAAUAAAUGCUGGAAUCAGCAUGAAUGUGCAGCCCAUGUAUUUUGGAGAAAGUGCACCAAAGCACUUACGAGGAGCCAUCUCCUUGUCAUCAGCUGUUUUCACAGCAUUCGGGGUUGUGUUAGGACAGGUGGUGGGACUCAGAGAGAUUUUGGGCAGUGAGGCGUGUUGGCAGUACCUUCUAGCCAGUAAUGCCGUUCCUGGCCUCAUUCAGCUCCUGACCUUGCCGUGGUUCCCAGAGAGUCCCAGAUACCUGCUCAUCGACAGGGGGGACAAGGAGGCUUGUAUCAACGCUCUGAGACGUCUGCGAGGCUGCGAGGUCCAGAGCAGCGAGCUGGAUGAGAUCCUGCAGGAACAGGCCGAAACCAAAGGCAUGAGGCCCAGGCGACCCUGGGAGCUUUUCACCGACCGCUCUGUACGCUGGCAGCUCAUCUCCGUCAUGAUCAUCAGCAGCGCCAUGCAGCUCUGUGGCAACGACUCGAUAUACUUCUAUGCGUCAUACGUGUUUAAAGAGGCUGGAAUAUCCGAUGAUAAAGUCCAGUAUGUCACAAUCGGCACAGGGACGUGUGAAUUCACAGCCUGUAUAAUGUGUAACCUGCUGGUAGAGCGUAAAGGUCGACGGUUCAUGCUGAUGGGAGGCUUCAUCCUCAUGACCAUCUGGGCUGUUGUCUUCACCAUCGCUCUGUCGUUUGAGCACUACAUAUCCUGGAUGCCGUACCUGAGCAUGGCCUGCAUCUUCACAUACAUUCUCAGCUUUGGCAUGGGACCAGCUGGAGUGACUGGGGUUCUUCCCACGGAGAUCUUCAACCAGACCGCGAGGCCUGCAGCCUACAUGAUCGCUGGCUCCAUGAUGUGGAUCAACCUGGGCAUCGUCGGAAUGAUCUUCCCAUUUUUAGUGAGCGAGCUGAGCCAGUACUGCUUUGUGCCUUUCGCUGCCGUCUGCGUGUUGUCUGCGCUGUACAUCGGCCUGUUUCUGCCUGAGACCAAAGGAAAGUCUCUGUCAGUCAUCACACGUGAAUUCCACAAGCUCAACUUCAAAAACCAGGAUAAGAACUUUGAAUCACAGCCUGAAGCUCAGUAUCAGCUGGGUGAAGUGUGUCAUUCCACGGCCUUGUAGAAGAACUUUCUCUCCUGAAUCACACAAUCCUGUUGACUUUAUGCCCCACUUUGGCCUGAUCUCCUGCCGCUGGAAGAUGAAGGAGCUCUGAGAGGAACUUUCAUAUCACCGAAAGACACAUAGAUCCACUCUAACUCCUUUUUCUGGAGUAUAUUCUCAAUGAGGAGAAAUGCUCAUUUAAAGGAUUCAUCCUUGGCAUUUUCGCACGAUUUGUUUUGCUGCUUUGUGUCCCUGACUGAUAUGAAACAAAAGUUGAAAAACUGCUUUAUAUUAAGCUGACAUGAUCUGGAACACACAAAGUGAUGAUCUUAUGUUAUCAGACACAACUGAACACAAACAUUUGCCGUCACAGUGUCUGAAAAAACAUCUCAUUUAUUUUAAAGGGCUUUUUUUAUAUAAAGAAUCGCGUAUUACUGUCUUGCUAUCAAAAAGCAAUAAUUUUGGUCUGAUUUUUUUUCCAGUUUUUAUCAUUUAAGUGGGCUGCACAGUAGCUUGGUAGUUAGUAGUGUCGCCUUGCAGCUAGAAGAUCCCCGGGUUGGCCUGGACCUGGGAUCUUUCUGAGUUUGUAUGUUCUCCCUGUGCAUACGUGGGUUUUCUCCAGGUACUCUGACAGUCCAAAAACAUGCUGAGGUUAACUGAUAAUUCUAAACUGUCUGUAGGUGUAAAUAUGAGUGUGAUUUUAUUUGCCUCUGUGUAGCCCUGUGUCCAGCUGUCUCCUGCUUUCGUUCUAAGUCAGCUGGCAUAGACUCCAGCACCCCCGUAACUCUAAUGAGGAUUAAUCAGUGUGUAGAUGAUUGAUGGAUGCAUAAUUUAAGCGGACAAAGAAAAUUGUUUGUCACUUUGUUAAGCAGAGUGAUAGAUGACUAUCUUAUCAAUCCAAGCAGGUAAAUUAGUCUUUGCUUUAUAUUGUUAUAUGAAGGGCAAAGGUCACAAUAAGGAAGCUGCACAUCAGGACUUUCUACAGGAUGCUGUACUUCUUCUUGUUUGGCAAACAGCUGCACUUGAGACAAGAAUGUACGCAGAUAAAAGCAAAACCGCACUCGUAGUUAAUUUACACCUUGUUAAGUACAAGCUGUCCAAUUGCAUCAGUUCGCACACUUCAUUCAUGCAAUAAGGUACCAUGGUGUUAAACGUUAACACUUUUAGUAGAGACUGAAGUUAGUAAUCUGCUGUUUUUACAAGAGUGAAACGUGUAAUUGUUUAUGUUGAAUAUUCAUGGCAUUCUUGUUGUCUUAAUGAAUAAAGAAACUAUCUUUCA